AUGUCGCUGAGAAUGCCUAGCCAGCCUAACGCUGGCCUCUUCAAACAGGGAUACCAGACACAUGCCAGCACGGACGGUGCCAUCAACAGAAACAUUCAGGCCUGCAGAGAGCUCAGCAAUAUGAUUUCCACGUCGAUUGGACCUUGUGGCAAGAACAAAAUUAUCGUGAACAGACUCGAGAAGGUGUCGAUCACAAACGAUGCUGCCACUAUGAUCAGAGAGCUCGAAGUGGUGCAUCCAGCAGUCAAAGUGAUGAUCAUGUCCUCCGAACAACAAGAGGAAGAGAUGGGUGACAACACAAACUACGUGUUGGUGUUGGCGGGCGAGUUAUUACAUCUGGCAGAAAAACUCGUGGUUUUGGGCUUGACACCAACGGAAAUCAUUCAAGGGUACAAUCUUGCCAACAAGUUUGCCUUGAAAGAGUUGGAAAAUUUGGUUAUCGAUCAAAUUUCGGACCUGAACUCAAAAGAUGAAUUAUUGAAGAUCAUCCAGCCAGUGAUCGCGUCGAAGCAGUACGGAAAUGAAAAGAAGAUCAGCAAUCUUGUUGCAGACGCAAUCAUCAAUGUGAUUCCAAAAAACAACCCAAGACUUUUCAACGUGGACUCGAUUAGAGUGGUGAAGAUUAUGGGUGCUUCCUUGAACAGCUCUUUCGUCCUGAAAGGAAUGGUUUUCCCAAGAGAACCAGAGUCUCAGGUGAAAAAGAUUAGCACGCCAUCCAAGGUUGCUAUAUACACGUGCCCAAUAGACAUAUCGACAACAGAGACGAAGGGAACUGUGCUGCUGCACAACGCCGACGAGAUGCUCGGUUUCAGCAAAGGUGAAGAAGACCAGCUAGAUCAGCUAGUCAAGGAGAUCUACAAUUCAGGAGUUCGUGUUGUUGUUGCGGGCGCUGGAGUGGGAGAGCUUGCACUGCACUAUUUGGACAGGUACGGAAUUCUGGUGCUCAAAGUGCCGUCCAAGUUUGAUUUGAGAAGAAUUGCCAGAGUCUGCGGUGGAACUCCUUUGGCAAGAUUAGGUGCUCCAAUGCCAGAGGAAAUGGGAACCGUGGAUGUCGUGGAAACCAAAGAGAUUGGUGGUGAUAGGGUCACCAUUUUCCGCCAGGAUAAGGAAUCGUCUCUCACGGCGUCGAUCGUCGUUAGAGGUGCUACGAAAAACAACCUGGAAGAUAUCGAAAGGGCCAUUGAUGACGGUGUUGCUGUUGUCAAGGCAGUCUUGAAGGACCCCAGACUACUUCCAGGAGCAGGUUCUGUCGAGGCCGAGCUGGUGAAACGAAUCACUACUUACGGAGAGAAGACCCCAGGAUUGAUGCAGCUUGGUAUCAAGAAGUUUGCCGAGGCCUUUGAGUUCCUGCCACGUAUCUUGUGCGAAACGUCUGGGCUUGAUGCUUCUGAAGUUCUGCCAAGACUUUACGCUUCUCACGAUGAAAACGAUGCUAACUCGUUGAAGUACGGAAUUGAUAUCGAGGCAGAAUCUUCAGGAGAGUCUCUUUUGGACGUUAAAGAGCACAAGAUAUACGACUCUCUCAUCUGCAAGAGAAACGCUAUAAACUUGGCUACUGAGGCUGUGUGUACCGUUUUGAGUGUGGACCAGAUCAUUGUUGCUAAGCGGGCCGGAGGUCCUGCCAUGCCUCAGCAACCAAAACCAGGUAAUUGGGACCAGGCUGAUUAG